AUGCCUGAUGCACCGGGCGUAUCCCCGGUAAUGACCCAUAUGAGAAAAAGUCAAGCAAAAGUGGUAUCGCUGCAGUUACGCCAAGAGGAGGAGGUGAGGUCAACGGAAAAGUUUUUCACGUUGAGACUUCUCCUAUGCGUCCUGCCAGUGGAGGACACAAAGGCCAAGCACUGCGUAGAGCAACAGCUAGGUAUCAAAAAGAUCAACGCCACUCAAGCGCAGAGCUGCCAAGCGUCAUUACGGACAAAGGCGAUCAAGUCUAGAGCCGAACGCUGUAAAGUCAUGCACGACACGUCGAUGGUGCACAAAGGGACUGCCAGUGAGAACGACACGGUAUUCAAGAUCUUCUCGAGUUUACGAAGAGCUCCGGCUUCGACAAGUAGGCCCCUUCAGAAGAAAGGCGCGGAGUUUGACGCGCUUGAGAAGGAGCUGGAAGCACGGUUAGAAUGGCGGAAGUCCAGGGUCAAUCUGAAGGACACUGAGAUGUGGUGA